AAAAUAUAAAAAAGACAUUAGUGACAACCCUGUAAACUGUUAAAUAAAGUAACUAAAAAGAAUAAAGAUAUUUAUGCAGAAUAUUUUUAAAUUAUCAAACUUAAAGAAUUAAAAAACAUUAUGCCCGUUCCUGGUGGAGUUUACCAAACUCAAGGACCAUCAUGUUUCGAUAAAAUGAAAAUGGGGUUUAUGAUAGGAUUUUGUGUUGGAAUGGCUAGUGGUGGUUUAUUCGGCGGUUUUACAGCUUUAAGAUAUGGCGCUCGAGGACGUGAGCUGGUUCAUUCUGUCGGGAAAGUUAUGCUUCAAGGUGGUGGAACAUUUGGUACAUUUAUGGCGAUUGGAACAGGAAUUCGUUGUUGAUAAGCGUUAUUAAAACUGUACAUAAAGUAAUUAUUCUAUAAUUAUAUCUACCAAAAAAAAACAUCGUUUGAUAGUUGUAAAUUUUAAUGUGGUUGAAAAAUGCAUACUAGUUUUAUUUGAUGUUUUUUUUUUAUUUUAAGGUAUACUUAAUAAUAUUAUAAUUAGUAAUAGAACAAUAAAUUUACUAUCAAAAGAA